CAUGGGCCGCACCGACACGAGUAUGACACCUUCUCCAAAAGCUACAAGGGCAAUGCCAUCCGCACUACCAAGUACAGGCUUCUGACCUUCAUCCCCAUGAACCUUUUCCAGCAGUUCCACAGACACUCGUAGCUGGAUCAGUAAACCCAGAGAUUACCGGCUUCAUGAUACCAUCCUGAAUCACAAGUGUAAGGGUGAGUCCGAAUAAGUUGACUGUGCUCUGCUUGGGGUAUAAAGUGAUGUCGGAAAUUCAAUUAAGUUAAUUAAAAACGAGCCACAAACUGAGAAUAGUCCUUGUAUUUCAUGCUAUAAAGAUAAUGAUACCUAUAAUACAGUUAAUUUAACAGUAAAAUGUGACAGUCAGUUAUGUAAAGUACAGACAAUUCGAUGUCAAGCUGUAGAAACAUAGGGAAUGAUUGGCAAUCAUAUUAAAGUAAGGCUAACUGUGAGAAAUAUGUUAUUGUCCUUUUGAAGAACACUGAUAUUUCUUGUAUUAUGACAUUUCAUAGUUUAUCAAAUGAAUAACAUAUUCAGAAUAUGUGAUAGUAAUAGCUAAAAGUUAAUUUGAAGGUUAAAACACUAAGUUAUGGUUUUAUCGGCAUUGGUUAUUAAGCAGGAUUAAGCACAAUAACUACUCAACCGAUACCAUGAAUUUGGUAGAGGGAUGGGGCAGAUCGGGCGGUGGAGCUCCGAGAUUUCACAGAUAAUAAUUGAUGGAUAUUGAUGAAAGAAAUCUGGCAUGUUCUGGGGUCUAAUUUUUAUGAGUGUGUGAACUUUGAAUCUAUUGAAUUUAGUUUGGCCUUGGCUCAGGUAUUGAGUCUACUGUGUGCCAUUGGAGUUUUAAAAUGUACUUUUGAAGUACAUACUUUGGGACUGAUAUGAUGCAUGGCUGAUGAUCUCACACUGCAUAACAUACCAUUCAAUUAGCACCACGCACUAAAAUACUAUAGCAUGUGUCAAAUGAUGAAGUUUAAUAUACAGUCUAUGGUUUAAACAUAAGGCAGCAGGGGGCUCACUCACAGUUUCUGUUGACAAUAACUUUCAAUCAGUAAAAAACUAAAGCAAUAGUGCUGACAUAAUAAAAGGAUUUCAGUCACUUCUGUUCAUGCAGAUAGUUUGUUUAAUUUCAGAGACAUCUCGCUCUGAAACUCUGUUUCCACCUUAAUACAAUAGAGGUGGAUUAGAUCCUGGAUUGGAAGAGAAAUCCCAUUAAAUUCAACAGUAACAAUUAUUUUGUGUAACUAUGUCCUUAGAUAACUUUCAGACCUCCUAUUUUAUGUGAAUUACUUUUUAAUAAUGUCUGCUGACCGUGUGCUCUUUUUAUUUUUCUCAUUUGAAUGAAACCAGGGCUGUUUACCAUCCUCCAGAGCGGAGUCUUUUUCAGAUGGAACGCAUCCACUGUUCAUACAUCUUUAAUAAAUUAGGUUGCGUUUACAUUCUUUUCAGUCCUAAUGUUUUGGUCUUAAGAGUCUGUGUCAUUUCAGUAGAAAGUGCUGAAGCAUCUCUGAGCAGGAAGAGACACGGACACACAAGCACUCUUUUAAUGCACAUUUUUGAAUGAAUGUAUUUGCAGGGGUGCUAAAAAGGUAAUGGCUUUUUAUUUUUAACAAUAUUAUUAUUAUUAUUAUUUUGUCGGAUUAUUUUUUGCAAAGGUCUUUGUGUUUCUGAAGGUCAGAACUAUCAUUUAAAUCUGCUUACAGCUGUUUAUUGGAUGUGUUGUACUAGCACUUGCGUCAAAAUAAUUGGCUGCUCUGGUCUUUUCUUUACAGGGCUGCUAACCUCUACUUCCUGUUCUUAGCGCUGUUGAACUGGGUUCCAGCGGUUGAGGCCUUUCAGAAAGAAAUUACCAUGAUUCCUCUACUGGUGGUUCUCGCCGUCAUCGCCAUCAAAGAUGCACUGGAAGACUACAGACGCUAUUUGUUCGACAGGAAGGUCAACAACAAUGUUGCACGGGUAUUCAGUGGCAAACAGAAAGCCUACAAUGACCAGUGCUGGAAGGAUGUGCGAGUGGGAGACUUUGUGCGUCUGUCCUGUAAUGAAAUCAUCCCUGCUGAUAUGCUGCUGCUGUAUUCCUCUGACCCCCGUGGGGUCUGCUACAUUGAGACCGCCAACCUGGACGGAGAGACCAACCUGAAACAGAGACAGGUGGUUUCAGACCUCACACUGCAGGGAGAAGAGUUCACCCCCGAGAGCUUCCCCAGCCGGAUCGAGUGUGAAAACCCCAACAAUGACCUCAGCAGGUUCAGAGGCUACAUGGAGCAUCCCAGUGGGGUCCGUGUUGGCCUCCAUAACAGCAACCUCCUGUUGAGGAGCUGCACCAUCCGCAACACUGAGACGGUGGUGGGCAUUGUGGUCUAUGCCGGUCAUGAGACCAAAGCCAUGAUGAAUAACAGUGGGCCGAGGUACAAGCGCAGCCAGCUGGAGAAGCGUCUGAACACAGACAUCCUGUGGUGCGUGGUCCUGCUCAUCAUCAUGUGUCUGACUUCUGCUGUAGGUCACGGCCUCUGGCUGAAGAACCUGAAGGACCCCGUCUUUGGGGUUAAUACAGACACGUCUCCUGCCUUGGCUGGAUUCUAUGUCUUUUGGACUAUGAUCAUUGUGCUCCAGGUGCUGAUUCCCAUUUCUCUGUACGUGUCCAUUGAGAUUGUGAAACUGGGUCAGAUCUACUUCAUCCAUAACGACUUAGACCUGUACAACGAGCAGCUGGACUCCAGGAUCCAGUGCCGGGCCCUCAACAUCACUGAGGACCUGGGUCAGAUCCAGUACCUGUUCUCCGAUAAGACAGGGACUCUGACAGAAAACAAGAUGGUGUUCUGCCGCUGCAGUAUCUAUGGGGUCGAAUAUCCUCAUGUCGAAAAUGCUCGAAGACUGGAGGUGUACGAGGCGGAGAAGAACAAGGCAGCGGAUCACUCUGUGACCCUGAGGUCGGGCUGCAGUGCUAAGUCUCGGAGCUGUCGCUCCCUCAGUUGCAACCGCAGCUCUUUGUCUCUGCAUACGCUCACUGCUGAGUCCGAGGAGGAGGAUGAACAACUGUCCAAUCAGAUCCAGGCUAGAACCAGUGCCUUCUGCAGCCGCAUGGCGAAGGAGGUGGUGCCAGACCCUGAGCUGGUGAGGAAGUUGAACUGGUUUUCUUCCCCCCUGAAAGAGGCCUCCUCUGGGACUCCCUCCAGCCUGGAACUCGCCUACAUCACUGACUUCUUCCUGGCACUGACCAUCUGCAACAGUGUGGUGGUCUCCUCUCCCAGUCAGCCUCGACAUGUGGUGCCGGAAGCACGAACACCUCUCAAAUCUCUGGAGGAAAUCAAGCUGAUGUUCCAGCGCUUCAGCUUCUCUCCAUUUUCUGCACUGUCCACGUUCUCCCCUCCCCAGAUCAGAGGCAGCCCUCGCAAUUUCACCAGCAGGCUGUUCACCCGGGGGAAGACCGGCUCCUUCUCCCCAACCGCCAACAACACUACAGACGGCUCAGAACCAGGGAGAGACAGCGAUAUUGAAACCCACAAGCUGAGGUGCAACCUGGACUUUUCUGCACCAGGGGAGGGAGGAAAUGCUGCACAGGUGGAGGACGAUAUAAAGAAAAAUUAUAUCAAGGAUGCAAAAACAAGCCCAGACGGGCCCAUACAGGAAGUGGAAGUGGACUCUGAUAGUGAUGUUGAUGAUGAGCUGCUGUAUGAGGCGGAGAGUCCAGACGAGGCGGCUCUGGUCCACGCAGCGCGGGCGUACCGCUGCACCCUAAGGGGACGCUCUGCUGAAAGCCUGCUGGUGGAUCUGCCAGGAAUCGGCUCACUGGCUGUGCAGCUGCUUCACAUCCUGCCCUUCGACUCCAACAGGAAGAGGAUGUCGGUGGUGGUCCGCCACCCACUCACAGGACAAGUGGUCGUUUACACCAAGGGAGCCGACUCUGUUAUCAUGGACCUGGCCGAGACUUCUAAAGGAGCAGAGCACGCGCAGGAGAUCCACAGUCACAUCAAAGAUCAAACCCAGAAACAUUUAGACAGCUAUGCCAGAGAAGGCCUCCGCACACUCUGCAUUGCUAAAAAGGUUCUGGAGGAAGAGGAGUACGAGGCCUGGCUGAAGAGACAUCUGAUGGCAGAGAGCAGCAUAGAGAACAGAGAGGAGCUGCUGCUGGACUCAGCUCAGAGACUGGAGACAAACCUCACCCUGCUGGGUACCACAGGGAUUGUGGACCGACUGCAGGAGGAUGUCCCAGAGACCAUUGAAGUUCUUCAGCGGGCUGGGAUUAAAGUCUGGGUCCUCACUGGAGACAAACAGGAGACGGCCAUUAACAUCGCCUACGCCUGCAAACUCCUCCGUCCCAAUGACCGACUGCUGACAGCCAACUGUGGAAGCAAGGAUGCUUGUGCAGCUUUUCUCAAGGAGCUCAAACUAGAGGUGCAGCGUGGACAGGACGGUUUGACCGAAGCUCCUGCAGCCGGGGCUCACGGGGAAUCCUUCUCUGGCAGCUUGUCCAGCUUCAUCCUGGUUAUAGACGGCCAGACGCUGGACUGGGCGCUUCAGGAGGAGCUGAAGAGUGACUUCUUAGAGCUGAGCCGCAGAUGCAAGGCGGUCAUCUGCUGCAGGUCCACUCCGCUGCAGAAGAGCGAGGUGGUUCGGCUGAUCCGCGACCAGCUUGGCGUCAUGACUCUGGCAGUGGGUGAUGGAGCCAAUGACGUAAGCAUGAUUCAGAUGGCUGAUGUGGGCAUUGGGAUAUCAGGUCAAGAGGGAAUGCAGGCUGUGAUGUCCAGUGACUUUGCCAUCUCCAGGUUCAAACACCUCAGCAAGCUGCUGCUUGUUCACGGUCACUGGUGUUACUCUCGUCUGGCAAACAUGAUCCUCUACUUCUUUUACAAGAAUGUGAUGUAUGUCAAUCUGCUGUUCUGGUAUCAGUUCGUCUGUGGGUUCUCUGGGAGCGUCAUGACCAACUCCUGGGUGCUGAUUUUAUUCAACCUGAUCUUCACCUCCGUUCCUCCCCUCAUCUAUGGCAUCCUGGACCAAGACAUGCCUGCAGAAACCCUGAAGGGGAUUCCUGAGCUCUACCAGGCUGCACAGACCUCCAAGAUUUAUGUUCCCCACAUGUUCUGGAUCACUGUCCUGGAUGCAUUUUACCAAAGCCUUGUGUGCUUCUUCAUACCUUACUUUGCACUGACGGGAUCAGACGUGGGGAUUCUGUCCUUUGGCUCUCCGAUCAACGCCUCCGCUCUCUUCAUCAUCCUGCUGCACCAAGUCAUCGAGAGUCACACUCUGACUUGGAUUCACGCUCUGGUGCUGCUGCUCAGUGGGGGCUCCUACUUUGGCUUUGUGCUGCUCUUCAGUGUGUCCUGUGUGACCUGCAGCCCCCCCACUAAUCCUCUGGGGGUGGAAACACUCCAGAUGUCCCAGCCUCUCUUCUACAUCAUAUGUGCAGUCACUACUUUCACAGCUCUGUUACCCAGGAUGUUGUUUCGAGCUGUGCACAGCACCGUGCACCGCACCGUUGCCCUGAACUCCUCUCAUGUGGAAAAGGUGGAGUCAGAGAACUACCGCAAGAGAAUGCUGCGAUGGAACCUGAGCCACCACAGAGUCAACCGGCUGCCGGUGUGCGCCGACAACCCCAGCCUGGAGCCCAGCACAGCCUCAGUGGUGUCCUGACCUCACAGACACACACAGACACACAUACAGACAGACAGAGAGCUGUUUGAUUUGACCAGGGAAAGAAAGAGCUGAUUUUUUUUUUUAGAAGAGACUUUUGACGUUCACAUGCUGGAUUCGUGUGCACGUCAAAGGCAGAAGAGGAUUCUUCACAUGUUCACGUUCUGCUGCACUGCUUCACUCUGCUGAAAGAAUGAUAGGACAUGUCCUCUGCCAGAGAGACUUAUUAGCCUUAACCACCUUGAGACCAGCCUCCACUGGCCUUUGCGCUGCAGUUACAAUAGUGAGCCACCAGGCUGAACCAGGGGAAGUCGGCCGAACCCCCUGCAACUGAAUGGAACAAAUCUUUUAUUUAUUUAUGACUUUCAGCCACAUCGUGUGGCCUUCCACUUUGGAUGGAGUUACUAAGUUACCAUGGAGAUUGUUGAUGCUUGAACAGAGACAGUGGGUAUCAAACUAUAUCAAAUAAUUUAGAGACAGGAUCGCUGUGUGUGAGCCAAUCUGCCAGGUUCUCACUUCAUGGAUCAUUUAACACUGAUCAUGAGCUCACACUGCCCACGUGACACACACUAACACACGCAGACACACACACACACUUAUCCCCUGACAUGUUUAGAGUAGCUGGAAUGUGUUUACUGUUCUUUGAGCUGAAGGAGCUUAAGAGAUGGGGAAAUGAUUUUCUCUCUGCAGUUUUGCUUGAUUCUGGACCAGUCUGUUUAUUUAUUUUCUGAUCUUGUAUUGCUGUAAACAACCUCCUCCAUUCAGAACCCCAGUGACUCAUCAUCUAUACGUGAAAGACAUGACAACACUUAUCAUAGAACAAAGACAGAAGCUGAGCUCUCUCCAUAUUUAUAUUAUUUUCACCCCUGAUCAAACAAAAUUAACUGAAAAGAUUGAAGGGUUAAUUUGAAACUGAUGUUACUGUUUGAUAAGGUAGCAACAAAUAUCCAGGGAUGGAUUACUGAAGGAACCUGUCAGUGACGCUGUGCUCCUUCCUAAUUGCAACUCAUGUUUACUUGACUGUUUUCAGAAGCACAGUUUUACAUGAAUGGAUGUAUUCUUGGUGUCUUUAUUUUCAGUUAGGUAUGAAUUUGAAAAAAAGCCCUUUGGUGUUGAUCGUGAAGAAGAAAAAGUUCAAGCUCAGAUUGAAUUGAAAAACAUUCACUCCAUUGUAUGCCGGGCAGAAAUGACUCCAGACUCGAUGUUCACUCGGAUCAGCUCUACUCCUCAAACAAAUCUGAGCCAACGGAUUUUUGUAUCCUACCUCUGUCUAUACUUCCAUUUUCUAAAUGGUUGCUUAUCCCCUUGACUUCAAACAUGGCUGCUGUGUUUCUGAGGAGCAGAGGGAAGUCAUGAAGGAUGUUGAACGCUGCGUCCUGAACACUGAACAUACAGAACCACUGGUGUGGCCUUUAAGUGUCAUAUUUGUGUUAAUGAAUUAUGACAGCUGCGCUGCAUAUGAUGACAAGGUGUCCUCAAAUCAACACCUGUACCUGGGCACUGCUGUUAAUACCAUCCCAUAUCUUGUGACAAUGGUUUAAUGUGGAUUUGGAACUGGAUGCCAUUCUAACUACUGGUUGUGUCAGGUGUGUGAACACAUGUGAUAGAAAACCUGAGCCCAGUCAGGAAGUUUCAAGUGAAGUGACCUUGCUGCCUCUAUGCCCAUAAACCAAAUGGGGGAUUUUCUCUCAGCCUUAACUUUGAUACAGUACCUUGAACAAACCUUGACCACUACUCACUCUGUACUGAUUGUAUUUGAUGUAAUAUAGAAACCAGCUAAAAUUGUUGUGUUUAAGACAUGGCAAUACAAAUACUAUUAAUAAUGGUGAUGAUAAUAAAAGAGGUUGUUGUUCAGACCUA